GGGAGAUGAUGUCAUCACAGUAGUAAUAUCUCAGCUGUAGGUGAACAGGUCUAAUCAAGCUUUCCUCUCAGGGAUCUGCAGCAGGAUGUUUAAAUCAGUAAAGUGGAGCAAGAAGUAAAUAAUUUCAUGUUUCCUUCAUAGGAUGGAUACCAGGAAUUUAUUACAUUAUCAGAUGAUUACUUCCUGUGUCUGAGAGUAGUGUAACUUGGGGAAACAACGUUAAACUGAACUCCUAAAAUACAUAAAAGUUCCUUUUGCUGUAAAGGGUGGUGGAGUUCGAUAUGUGACCAGCAGAGGGUGCAGUUCUCCCCCUCAGAAGUCUGAUACAAAGAGAGAGGAAGAGGAGGAAGAGUCCAGUUGAGAGUCAGAUGGAUCAUGGCUCCCAGGAGGAUGGAGACCAAACCGGUGAUCUUCUGUCUGAAGACGCUGCUGCUGAUCUACUCCUUCAUCUUCUGGGUGACAGGCGUGGUCCUGUUACUGGUGGGACUUUGGUGGAAGCUCAUGUUAAGUCCUUACAUGCUGCUGAUCCCCAGCAGCCCCUCCAACGCGCCCUACGUGCUCGUUGGUACCGGUGCUGCCAUCAUGCUGUUUGGACUCUUCGGCUGCUUCGCCACCAUCAGAGGACACCCCUGGAUGCUGAAACUGUACGCUGUGUUUCUAUCUCUGGUCUUCAUGAUUGAACUUGUUGCUGGGAUCUCUGGAUUUGUCUUCCGUCAUGAGAUGAAAGACGCCUUUCUUUCUUCAUACACCGAAGCUGUGAGCAGGUAUAAUAAAUAUGAUGCCAGAAGUCAGGCGGUGGAUGACCUCCAGCGCAGACUACAUUGCUGUGGGGUUUAUAACUACACCAACUGGUUCAACAGUCCCUAUUUUUAUUCUGGAGGGAUUCCUGCCAGCUGUUGUGUCACCUUUGCUGAAUGUAGUGGAGCCGAACUGAAGAAUGCAACUCUGGCCGUUCGCAAAAUCUAUAAACAGGGCUGUUAUGAUGUGGUGGUCUCCUUCAUUGAAGAGAACAUGGGAAUCAUUGCUGGCGUGACCUUUGGCAUUGCCUUCUCACAGGUGAUUGGGAUGUCUCUGGCCUGCACUCUCUCUCACUUCAUCAGCACCAACCAGUACGAGAUGGUCUGACAGAGGCCACAGUGCUGUUUAUCACCAUGGAAACCUGCCAGAGUACACAGCUCAUUCUUGUUGUUUUUUUUUCUUUUCUUUUCUUGUUUUGGGGUA